AUGGGAUGUUUUUCUUCUCUGGCACAGCAUGGCGAGCAAAAGGCGACCUACUUCAUGCGGAAUGGAGUGGGCACAUUAGAAUUUGUAAUGAGGAUCUGGAUUAUUGAAAUGAAUACGCUUACAUCAAAAGCUUAUGGGAGUUUGAAAAAUACUUUGGCAAGUCUGAAAAGCGACAGAGCUGCCUGGACCAGCGUCGUUCUAAUUUGUGAGGCCCGACUUUGGUACAAAUUCAAGAUUUGUCCGGUUGCGUCAGCGACAGGCUGA